AGGGCGGCGGGGAGGCGGGCGCGCUGCCCGGGCCGCGGCCGCCUGUGCUCACAGGUGGGCGACGGCGGAGGCGCGGCGGAGCGGAGCCGGGGUCUCUGGGACUCCAGCCGUCACACCGAGAGCCCAGGGAGCAGAGCUGGGAAGACGCGUCCGCGCCUCGGGAGGAAUCGACCUUUCUUCCCUCCACCUGGGCCUCUUCCUCGGCAAUCGCACCUCGGCCCCGGAACACAGGCGUUGGCGGAUAAUCAGAGACGUGGAUGUGUUUACAAGAUGUGAGUCGUGUUGUUUACACCUUUCCUUACUGAGGGCUUCCUACACCUCGUGGUGACAGGUGGAAAUCAUGACACAGAAGGGUAGUAUGAAGCCAGUGAAGAAAAACAAAGCGGAAGAACCUGAAUUGGAGCCCCUGUGCUGCUGCGAGUACAUCGAUCGAAAUGGGGAGAAGAACCACGUGGCUGCUUGUUUGUGUGAUUGCCAGGAUCUCGAUGAAGGGUGUGAUAGAUGGAUCACGGGUAAAUCCGUGCCGCCGGAGACCUGUGAAAGAAUCAUGGAUACUAUUUCUGAUCGCCUCCGAAUUCCUGGGCUCAAGGGAGCCCAAAAAGUCAACAUUAGCAUCCUGCCCCCACUCAUCCUGCUGCCCGUCUUCCUGCGUGUGGCUUCCUGGCAUUUCCUCCUGGGGGUGGUGGUUUUGACCUCCCUUCCUGUGCUGGCUCUGUGGUACUAUUACCUCACUCACAGAAGGAAAGAGCAGACCCUAUUUUUCCUGAGCCUCGGACUCUUCUCUCUGGGUUACAUGUACUACGUGUUCCUGCAGGAAGUCGUCCCCAAAGGGCGUGUGGGGCCCCCUCAGCUGGCUCUUCUUACCUGUGGGUUAUUCCUGAUACUCUUAGCCUUGUACAGAGCCAAGAAGAAUCCAGGCUACCUCAGAAAUCCAGCAAGCAGUGACAGAUCUCUAGGCAGCAGCCAAACUGAAAGCCUGAGCAGAGACGGGCAGGAGAAGACCAGAGGGCUCCCCGGUGUGGAAUCAGCCUGCAGCCUCAGCAACCGCACGCCCAAGGAUGAUCUUAAGGGCCCUUGCAGGGUGUCGGCUGAAAGUCCCGCCAAGGUGAAGGAGGACUGGUGUGCCAAGUGCCAGCUGGUGCGGCCAGCCCGUGCGUGGCACUGCCGGAUAUGCGGCAUCUGUGUCCGGAGGAUGGAUCAUCACUGUGUCUGGAUAAACAGCUGUGUUGGAGAAUCCAAUCAUCAAGCAUUUAUACUUGCCCUUUCGAUCUUCUUGCUCACCUCGGUGUACGGGAUAACACUGACCUUGGACACCAUUUGUAGAGAUAGAAGUGUCUUCACAGCUCUCUUCUAUUGUCCUGGAGUCUAUGCAGAUUACAGCUCGGCUCUGUCCUUCACCUGCGUGUGGUACUCCGUGAUCAUCACGGCGGGCAUGGCGUACAUCUUCCUCAUCCAGCUGAUCAACAUCAGUUACAACGUCACUGAGCGGGAAGUCCAGCAGGCCCUGCGGCAGAAGACGGGGCGCCGGCUCCUCUACGGGCUCAUCGUGGACACGGGCCAGUACAACCGGGGCUUCCUGCGGAACUGGCACCAGUUCUCCACCCUGGGCAGCCACCCCUGCCACCACCCCGCCGAGGACAUUGUCUGAAGUGCCUUGCGUGUGGCCCUGUGAGGGGCGGCUCCCCCCACCGCUCCCUCCCCUCGUACACGUCGGCGUCCGGGCAGGGUGUGCGUUUUUCUCCCCAGUUUCUGAAAGGCUGUCUCGGGCCAUGCUCAGGUUUAGACACAAGACUGGGAAGAAAAUCAACUAUUCUGAUUUCACCUUAAGAGAUUUUUAUAUCGAAGCAGUAAAAGUAGAGCCAUUCUUUUCCAGUCACCUUGUUCACAAACUCAGUCGCCAGGGGCGGAAGAGGUUGUGGUUCCCAACACACAGAUUGGUAGAAGCCAUUCCCAUCUCUAGUGGGGAGAAAGAGUUUGGAUAAGGAUCGUUCCAAUCUCUCUUUCAGUUCCUGAUAGCCAUGUGACCCUUUGUUGAGUCACUUCCCUGAGUCUCAGGUUCAUCCGUGAAGUGGGGUACUGCUGCCUGCCUUGGCUGCCUCACGGUCGUGAGGGUCGUGCGAGGGACGAGGUGUGUGGUAAGCACUGGAAAACGACCGAAGCACCCAAGAGGGGUGCAGUGUUAUUAGAAAAACUCAAAGGCUGAGAAAGAUUUGUGUAGGUCAGAGUACUGAAGCCAGAAUUAUCUGAGUAAUCCAUUGUCAGCAUUUCAGAAUGAAAGAAAGCUCCUGAAAUACCACAUCGUACAGUUAUGGUAAUUUCUUUCUCUGAAGUAUUAGAUGCUAGCUACUCAAACAGAAGGUGAUCUGAUGGGUUCUCACUGUCACCAGAUCCUGCAGGGACAGUCGAUAACAAUUAUAAUUAUCAGUAGUAUAAUAUACAGUGGUCAUGAGUUUAGGUGAUGAGCCCUUUGAUUUAUCUCGUUUCUUCUAUAUUGUUUGGAUUUACUUUAACUCCAAACUCCAAAGGCAUUAUUGUUUUCUUCCUCUUUCCAUGUUUCACCUGGGAAGGUGCUAGCACACUUAUGAUGAGGCUGGAAGAGGGAAACAGCCUCUGGGGGAACAAUUUACCCUCUUUCCUGGGUAGGGUGGCUGGUUAAUAUCAAGGGCUUUUUUUUUUUUCCCCCUCAUGUAAGUAAUGCAAACCCUACAGUGACAGCACUUUGUUGCAAAAACCAGUUUUGUGGCGUUUAUAUUCUUUUGGCAUGAACUCUCUAAGGGGUUGAUAGACAUCCUCCUGCUUGCACGUUACCUUUCAUUCACCUCGCCCUAGACAAAAUAUCUCACUUGGGAGAGAAAAAACAGGGUAUAUAUGGUUUCCACUAAUUAAUGGAUUAUGGUUCUUCCCUAGCUCUUCCUAAAAUCGUAAGUUAUCUUUUUUAUCAUAUCUUGAAACUGAGAAUGUGUAAAAGAUUAAAUAUUUAUAGAGAAUGGGUCUGUUCUGCCAUAGACUUAGGAUGAGGCCAUUUCGGAUAGGAAGAAUACCCUUUUGAAAUAUUUGGUUUUAUUCAUGUUCUCAUUUUGCAGUUCCAGAGAAAAUUCAUGAGUCUUUAAGUUUGCUUUGGUUUAUACCUUAAUAUUGGGGAAAUAUUGCCGGCUUUUUCAGUCUGUCUGUGCAUGCC